AUGCUUUUCUCCACGAUCCUCGCUGCCGGGCUUGCCCAGGCCAUGACUGCUUCCGCUGCCACUAUGAUGGUCACCGUUGCAGCGAACAACAAAUUCCAGUUCACCCCUAACUCGAUUACUGCUCAGCCCGGAGAUAUGGUUGCCUUCAACUUCGUUGCUCAGAAUCACUCUGUUGCUUCGUCGACCGCCAACAACCCUUGCCAGCCCGAGAGGAAUGCCAUCUUCUCCGACUUCCAGCCCAUUCCCGGUAACCCCAAUGGUAGCCCCAACGGCGGCGGCAACGGCGGCGGCAAUAACAGGAACAACAACCGUCAAGCCGGCAAUACGCCCAUGUUCAUGGUCCCCAUCACCGACACCCAGCCUAUGUAUAUAUACUGCUCUCAGGCGCAGCAUUGCCAGCAAGGCAUGGUCAUGGUCAUCAAUCCUCCCAACGCCAAUGCUGUCACCCAGUACCAGAACAAGGCUGCACAGGCCAACAACAACGUCUCUCCCCAGGGUGGCAUGUCCGGUGGAUCUGUCACCAACAACAAGGCUGGUACUAACCCCAAGAAUGUCCUCGGUGCCCAGGCCGGUGAUGCUGCUACCCAGACAGGGAAGGGUAAGGGUAAGGGUAAGGGUAAGGGUAAAGGAAAGGGUAAAGGAAAGGGUAAAGGAAAGGGUAAGGGCAAGGGCGGCAAGGGAAAUGGAAACUAA